AUGACUGCAAUGAUUACACUUAACAAUGGUUUAAAGAUGCCUUUAGUUGGGUUAGGCUGUUGGAAAAUUCCAAAUGAUGUUUGUGCAUCUCAAGUUUAUGAAGCUAUUAAAUUGGGCUAUCGUUUAUUUGAUGGUGCAGCUGACUAUGGUAAUGAAAAAGAAGUUGGUCAAGGUAUUAACAAGGCUCUAUCUGAAGGAAUUGUUAAAAGAUCUGACUUAUUCAUUAUUUCAAAAUUAUGGAACACUUUCCAUCAUCCAGACCAUGUCAAACUUGCUUUACAAAGAACUUUGAGCGAUUUAGGUUUGGAUUAUUUGGAUUUAUAUUACAUUCAUUUCCCUCUAGCUUUUAAAUAUGUACCAUUUGAAGAGAAAUACCCACCAUGCUUCUAUACCGGUGCUGAAGAUGCGAAAAUAGGUAAAAUAUCAUUACAAAAUGUCCCAUACUUAGACACAUAUCGUGCCAUGGAAAAAUUAGUUGACGAAGGCUUAACUAAAUCCAUUGGUGUCUCUAACUUGCAAGGGUCCAUCUUGCAAGAUGUCUUAAUGGGAUGCAGAAUUAGGCCAGCUGCUCUACAGAUUGAACAUCAUCCUUACUUAACUCAAGAACACUUAGUUCAAUUCUGCAAAAAUGAAAAUAUUGCAGUCGUUUCUUAUUCUUCCUUUGGGCCACAAUCCUUCUUGGAAUUGGGUUCAAAGAGAGCCGAGGAUACCCCAGCUUUGUUUGACCAUCCAGUCAUUAAAAAGAUAGCUGCCGCUCAUGGCAAAGACGUUACUACAUCUGAAGUGUUAUUAAGAUGGGCAACACAAAGAGAUAUUGCUAUUAUUCCAAAAUCUUCAAGAAAGGAAAGAUUGCUAUUAAAUUUGAAUGUUAAUGAAAAAUUAACUUUAACUGAAGCUGAAUUAUUGGAAAUCUCAGCAUUAAACAAGAAUAUUCGUUUUAACGACACUUGGGAUUGGAAUAACAUGCAUUUCGGGUCUUUUGCUUAA